GGGCGUGGCUUCCGAGGAGCAGCCAAAGAUGGGGCUUUUGGCUUUGCUUUGCUGCACCUAAGUGGAGUUUCGUCAUUUUCUUGCCCCCAAAUGUGCUGGACACAUAUUAAGAUUCGUGUUAGUUGUUGUUGAUUGUUGUUGUUUUGUGUGUGUGUGUGAGAGAGAGUGAGUUAGAGAGAGAGGGUGUAAUUGCAGUUGGUUGCCAUGGGAAUGAAUCAGGUUUUGCGAUGAUGUUGGGGUCCAACUCGUGGUCCUCCUCCGCAAUGUACCCUCUUCGUCCACGUCGAUCCAACGACGGUCCUGCACUGAAUGAAUGAAUGAAUGCCUCCUUGAACCCGCUCUUCCUGAGACAUGAAUUCCAUGGACCCAGGCUGCGACGACGACGACGACGGCGGCGCUCUCUGACGACAAUGACGAUGGCCACGAUUUGCAGGCCCUCGAUCCUUCUCACGUGAAUCCUCUCCUUUUGCAUGGUUUUCGUGACUUGUCGCCUGAUUGAGGAGGUCAUGCUUGCGAUUUGCAAGUGAUCAUGGCCCUCCUCUCUCCACUGUAGUUUAGUUGACUCCGUUGUGGGGAGCACUGGUGUCGUGGUCGCAUAGCGCAGCCUUCAGGAUGAUGGGCAUUCCAGCUCAUUUGCAACGUUUCCGGAGUCCAAGGUUUGCUAAGGCUUUGUUCUCAAGAAACCGUCUUAGUUAGGUUUAUCCAACCCUGUUGCGUUUGUGGGUUUUAGAAUUCUGGACACGCUUCACGAAUGUUUUCUGGAUGGUAGCAGCCGUGAAGGCUAAGGAAUCGCUACAUUGUAGUUUUUGCGGUAGGUUAUGCUUUACAGAAACUCUCUGGCGCUUCUUUGGUUCUGAUUGUGCAAGGCUCUGGUGCUGCUGUGGGUUGUGCGACAAGCUCUUUUGUUUUAAUAGAGGCAAAAAAGAAAUCAAAUCAAAUUAAAAUAAAAUAAAAAUCGGUUUUCCUCUGGUUUUGCUGAAGUCUUCACUCAAUUCUUCUCGUUAAUGUUGGCCAAGUCUAAUGAGGCAGAUCUUCUUAUAUUGGAUCUCUCAUUAGAUGUUCCCAUUUUUUGAUUGCGAGAUUGAACUUCAGGUGUUGUUGCUCUUCUCUCUCUCUCGCUCUCUCUCCUCUGUCGGCCCUGUAAUUAGCUAAAUUAUAAAGAUAGGGUUCAUUCUCGCCUCAAUAUUUUCCUCUGCCUCAUGCCAUGGCCAUCUCUAGUCCGCAUGUUGGCCCUCUGAGGUUAGUAAGCCCCACUACCAAAUUAAUUACAAUACAAUCUCCUCUCUGUUGCUCGUUUAUUAAGACAAGCGCUCAUCUCUCUCCGCAGCUUUGUGUCUCAUUUCCUCAGCUGCAGAUGCCUGAGAAGACAACAACUCGUGGGAGUGUCCGAGAUGUGCUUGCUGCUGACGUCCCACCAAUUUUUCAGAAAGAUGUUGCGCAAACAGAGGAAUACGAUGCCAUAGUGAUAGGUUCCGGCAUCGGGGGUCUUGUCACUGCAACUCAACUGGCAGUUCGAGGAGCUCGGAUUAUACUUCUCGAGAAAUACGUUGUCCCUGGUGGAAGCUCCAGUUAUUUCUUAAGGGAUGGCUAUACUUUCGAUGUAGGCUCUGUGAUGUUCGGGUUCAGUGAAAAGGGAUCCAUAAAUUUGGUGACAAAAUCCCUGGCAGCCGUGGGACGCUCAUUGGAACUGAUCGAGAACCCAGUAACUGUCCACUACCACCUCCCUGAUGGUUUGUCAUUGCGAGUGCACCGGGAGUACGACAAAUUCCUUGCCGAGCUCAUCACCCGGUUUCCUCUGGAGGAAGCUGGCAUCCGCGCCUUCUAUAACGAGGCUUGGAAGGUGUACAACUCCUUGAAUGCGUUGGAGCUCAAGUCUUUGGAGGAACCUCUGUAUUUAUUUGGUCAGUUUUUCAAGGAUCCCAUCGCCUGCUUGACCCUUGCGUACUAUGCACCUCUGAAUGCAGGCGACAUAGCAAGGAAGUACAUGAAGGACCCCAACCUAUUGGCCUUUAUAGACGCCGAGUGCUUCAUUGUGAGCACUGCUGGUUCCUGUCGGACGCCCAUGAUCAACGCCAGCAGAGUAAUGUGUGAUGGGCACUACGGAGGAAUUAACUAUCCAAGAGGAGGAGUAGGGCGGAUUGCACAGGAACUCGCAGAUGGAUUCGUGGAGUGUGGCGGUCAUUUGCAGUACAAAGCCAACGUGACGGGUAUUCUGAUAAAGGACGGCAAGGCAGCCGGAGUUCAAUUGUCGAACGGGAAAGCAAUCCAUGCCAAAACCGUGAUAUCAAAUGCGACCAGAUGGGACACUUUUCAGAAAUUGUUGAAGGAGGAGGACAUGCCGCAGGAAGAGAGGAAUUUCCAGAAUCUCUACCGGAAGUCGCCAUCUUUUUUGUCCAUCCACAUGGGCGGAAGGCGGAGGUUCUGCCGCCCCGGCACAGAAUGCCACCACCUAGUACUCGAGGGCGAGUGGUCGAAGCUAGAAGAGGCGUAUCAGACAAUCUUUGUGAGCAUUCCGACUGUUCUCGAUUCUUCCCUAGCGCCGCCUGGACGCCAUAUCCUUCACAUCUUUACCACAUCGUCGAUUGACGACUGGCAAAGCUUGUCUCCAGCUGAUUAUGAAGCGAAAAAGGAUGUGGUCGCGGACAAGAUUGUGAGCAGAUUGGAGACUGCCCUAUUUCCAGGUCUAAAAGGUGCCACAAUGUUUCGUGAGGUUGGCACUCCUAAAACACAUAGACGGUAUUUGGGGCGGGAUGACGGUACUUACGGGCCCAUACCAGCUGGGUGGCCCAAGGGAUUGCUUGGUAUGCCUUUCAACACCACAGCUGUAGAGGGAUUGUAUUGCGUGGGUGACAGUUGUUUCCCAGGUCAGGGUGUCAUUGCUGUAGCAUUCUCUGGUACGAUGUGUGCUCAUCGUGUUGCUGCAGAUCUUGGAUUUGAGAAAAAGAAUACUGUCUUGGACAAAAGGUUGAGCUCUCUCUUAGCCUGGUUCCGGACACUUGCAUAAGGUUCCACAUCCGAAGCUCAUGAAGUGAGGGCUUUCUCAACCACAAUGGAGGUUGUUGAUGAAAUCCAAACGUUCUUACAUUUCAAGAGAUGUUACAUUCAAACCAAUCCCAGGCUUUUUACUCCCACAAAGCACCAGCUAGAGGAUAUCAUAGAGAUCAAGGGAAUAACACCCUCAGCAUUAUUCUAUAGAAAUUAGGGCAGUUGGCAUUCUGAGUACAGCAGCAUCAAUGGAUUUGAAAGGGACUUGGUCUGGAAACUGCCGAUUCUUCGUCGACGAAUCCAUCCUCAACGACGGAAACGAAUUCGAAUGAAGUGUCUCUCCUCAGCUUUCAUGUGCAGAUGUUCAACUGACAUCAUCGUUGUUGAAACGGCUGCUUUGCUGCUUCUCUCACAACCAGCCAUGUGUCAUGACUUGAACUUCACUCCGUACUGAGAAACGUACAUGACGAGUACAAAACAAGUGGGUACUUGAUUUGACAAUCUUUUUCAAUAAUCUUCUUGGUACUCUCACAGCGCUGGGCUCUCUUGUGUAAACUGGGGUCUACCUAGUGAAUCUCCGAGACAUGUUAUUAGGCCCAUGAACUGGACGAUUUCUUCCACGUAAUUCCAGGUGGUUUAGUAUAACUAUCCUAACCUUUUCAAGAGAAUUAUCGACGUUUUAUGGGGCUCCUUCCAUCUCGAACAAGAGCAAUCACAAGAAACAUUCUAGGCAAGGAUGAGGACCUGGGAGGUGCGGAAUUGUUACUGAUUAGCUCCUCCAUAGAGUCUAACCCAUUCUGGUAGAGCUGUGGAUCAGAUGUUGAGCUUGUCAUUCGUGGGCGAAACUGAUGCUUUGAGGCUUGAGAAAUGUUGCCUGCUUUGCAUUGAUUUUUAAGGAAAUGCUGCAUAUCGGGGCAUCUUCAGACUGAUAGAGUACUCUUAAAGAUGGUGGAUAUCCAGUUAUAGAUUACUGUAUGCUAGUCAAUUCGGUGAUUCAUCUCUUCAUUCUUUCGUAUAUGUAGGUAUGUAACUGGGAUUGUGUGUACAUGUGUUUUAUAAAUUGUUGAAUGUCUUUCGAGUAAAA